AUGAUCACUCAUAAUAAUAAUAAUAAUAAUAAUGAUGAAAUAAUUCGAGGGGAUUCAGUUCUGAUCAGUUCAUUAGAUUGUAAUAUAGAAGAUGAAAAUAAUAAUAAGGUUAAUAAAAAAAAGUUGAAAAAAAAGAAAAAGAAAAAUAAUAAAAUUAAUACGUCUAAUAUAAAUGUUAUUAAUAUAAGUAAGAAAGAAAAACUAACUAAUAAUAUAAAUGAUAAUGUUGUAGUUGAUAUUAAUAUGAAUCAUUCCAAUAAAAUAAUAGAUAUAAAUACAAAUAAAAUUGUCGAUAUAGAGGAAUUUACAAAAAAAGAAGAUGAUAUAUUAUAUAAUAGAUCAGAUGAUGAUUAUUCAAAGACAAAUUAUAUAGAACCAUCAUCAUUUAAUAUAACAAAUAAUAUUGAAAGUAAAAAAAAUAUAUAUGAGUAUGAUGAUAAUAACAAUGAAAAUAUAAAUAAAAAUAAAGAAUCAAUUGAUGAUCCUAGAAAGGAUAAUGUAUUAACAAGUAAGAAGAAAUUGAAAAAUAAUAAUAAACCGGAUAUGAAAAGAAUAGAUGAAUAUAAUAAUAAAUCAUCUUACAAAGAAUAUAAAACAGAAAAUAAUAGUAUAAAUAAUAUUAAUAAUAAUAAUAAUAAUAAUAAUAAUAAUAAUAAUAGUGACAAGAUAAAUAAUCUUAAAGAUAUAUUUGUUGAUCAACUAAAAAAAAAGAAUCAAAUUUUAAUCGAGAAAUUAAGAAAUAAAGAACAUGAAAAAAACAGUUUACAAGAAAAGGUGAAAGAUAUCGGUUUAGAGUUAUACAGAUUAAAUAAAGAAAAUGAUGUUUUAAAAAAAAAAGAAAAAGAAUUAGAUGUGUCGAUAGAAUAUAUUUAUGAAGAACAAAAUAAAUAUAAUAAUGAAAAUAUAGAAUUAAAUGAUUUAUAUAAUUAUGAUAUUUGUAGUUUAAAAAAAGAGAUACAUAAUUUUGGUGAUAUAUAUAAUAAAUAUAAUAAUAAAUUGUUAGAAUUAAAUAAUAUAAAAAAAUAUUCAGAGUAUAUCUUAGGAAAUACAAAGGUAGGACAAAAUAUUAUUUCUUCUAAAAUUAAUAAUAAACAAAAAGAUGAUAUAUCACAGAAUAAAAUAAAUAAGAAAGACAAUUUACUUAAUAAAAUGAAUUAUCAGAUUAAUAAAUUAUUAAAUGAUAUAAAUAUGAAAAAAGAUAUGAUUAUUAAUGAAGAAAGAGAAAUACAAAAUAAGAAGCAACUAAUACAAGAAGAGAAAAAAAAUUUAUUACUUUUUAAAGAUGAGAAAAAGAAAAUUAUGAAUAAGUUUAAUGAUUCAUUAUAUCAAAUAAAAAAAAGAGAUGAAGCUAUAAUUAAAAUGAAUAACCAAUUAGAUAUUUUAAAAGUUAAUAUUCUAGAAAAUGAAAAGAAAUAUGAAAAUUUAUGUAAAGAAUAUAAUUAUGAAUUAGAAUCUAAAGAUAAAUUAUUACAUGAAUUAAAUAUAUUAAAAAAUGAUAUGUCUAAAUUAGAGAACAAAAAAAAUGAUAUACAUAAUAAAUAUAUUAAUAUAUUAAAAGAAAAUCAAGAAAUGAAAAAUAAAAUUAAUAAUGAAAAAGAUUUAUUAUUAUCACUUAAAAAUGAUAUACAAAUCUUAUCUAAAAAUAUAAAAGACAAACAAAAUAAUAUAAAGAUGGUCAAAGAUAAUAUAAAUAAAAAUAUCGAAAAAAUUAUAAAUAUGUAUACUCAAGAAAUUAAUAUAGUUCAUUUCUCAUCGAAAUUAAAAAAUGAUGUUGAGUCUCUUAAUCAAAAUAUUACAAAAAAAGAAAAUGAUAUUGAAAAUUAUAAAAAUCAUAUUAUUAGAAUCAAAAUACAACAUAUGCUACAAAAAACUAAAAUGGAAAAUAUGAAAAAAAAGGCAAAUAAACUUAAUCAAGAAUAUCAAGAAAAAAAUGAAAUAUUAGAAAAAUAUAAUCAAACAAUCAAAAAAAAUCAUUAUCUUAUUGAAAGUAAACAAAAUGAAGUGGAUAGAUUGAAUGAACAAUAUGAUAAAAAAAAAAGAAAAAAAAUCGUUGACGAGCAAUAUGAUAAUAUAAACAAUAAUAAUAUAAAUAAUAUAAAUAAUAUAAAUAAUAUAAAUAAUAUAAAUAACAAUAAUAAUAACAACAAUAUAAAUAAUAAUGAUUCUUCUUCGUUUGUUUUACCUGCCACUCUGGAAAUGAAAAUUCAAAAGCUCAAUAAACAAAAUGUAGAUAUAAAAAAAAGUAGUCGAUUGUUAGAAAAAGAAUGGUUCAUAAAACAAUCUGAAUUAAUAGAUAUACAAAAUGAAAAUAAUAAAAUGAAUGAAGAAAUAUGUAAAUGCAAAGAUCUGUGUCUAAUAUUAGAUCAAAAAAAAAUAGAACUUGAAGAAAAUUAUAAAAAUAUUUUUGCAUUUAUUAAAAAGGUCAAUAAAAAUAUCACAUAUAUCAGAUUACAUCUAGAAAAAUUCGCUUUAAAAAAUAAAGAAACCAUAGAUAAAAUAGAAUAUAUUGAAAAUGAUAUACUUAUAUGGAAAGAAAAUAUUAAUAAUAAAAAUGAAGAACAUAAAAAUAAAAAAGAAUAUUUAACAUCACAAAUAAAUCAUCUAAAAAAAGAAAAAGAAAAUUAUCAACAAAAUAUAUUAAAUUGUGAAAAUCAAAUACUUUCAUUAGAACAAGAAAUUGUAGAUAAAAAAAAAUUACAACAAGUUGUUAAAGAAUAUAUAGAAAAUAAAGAUAUUAUCCAAUUAAAAAAAGAUAUUACAAAUAAAAAUAAUAUUAUUGAUAAUAUUAAAAAACAACAGAAUAUUAUUCUGUCUAAUAUUAAAAUAGCUUUGAAUAAAAGAAAUGAUUUAGAUAAUAAAAAAGAAUAUUGUCAAAAAAAUUUUGAAAUGGGGAAAAAUAUUUCUUUUAAAAUACAACAUCAAAUUGGUUUAAUAAAAAAAAGUGUUAAAUCACUUAAAAAUAAAAAACAAAAUUUAAUAAAUACAUAUAAUGAAAUCAUUCAAUUACAUGAUCAUCUAUUAAAAGAUAUACAACAAGAAAAAAAUAAUCUAGAUAACCUAAAUGAAGAUUAUAAUAUUUAUCAAGCUAUAUAUCACAUAUUAUCAUUUGAAAAAAAACAUAGAUUUCAAGAAUUAUUGAAAUUUCAAAAUGCACUAAAAUAUCAAUUAAACAAUAAUACAUUAAAAAAUACUGAUCAGAAAAAAUAUAUAGAAAUCAAAAAAAAAUGUGCAACAUAUAAAAAAAAAAUUGCAAAUAUUAAAAAGAUAUUACAACAAAUUGAAACAACAAAAGAUGAUAAUUAUAUUAAAUUUAUUGGGUAUAUGCAAGAAUGGAUAGUUCAUUAG